GUAUACUGAACACGACUGGCCACUAUUAUUUUGCCCUUGAAUCGAUCAUCGACGACCACCGCCGCCUAUUACUCUGCCUCUCGGCAGUACCGACAUCUGCACCAACCGAAACAGAGAGUGUUCCCAACUUAGACGGCGCCCAUUGCGCCCCAUCUCUCAUCUUCUGCAACCUCGAACUGUUCCUGCUUUCUGUUAUUCAAAAUGGCCAACGUCUCCGGUGUCAACCUGUGCCCGUCGCCCUUUUUCGACGCCAAUUUGUUCCCCGAUGUGGGUGGAUUUGUCGAUGGGCGACUUUGCCAAUCUGUGGGUGAGAUGCAAUGUUGCUUGCCCUGUCCCAUGACGGACUGGGUAUAUCCCGACUACUUCGACACGUUGACGGCGGUUGCCAACUGGGUCGCGCUCUCCAGCGUGCUAUGUUGCGUUUUCCUCUUGCUCUCUUGGGCCUUCUUGCCGGUCGACAAAACCAACCGCCAUUACCUCAGCAUCUGUCUCACCAUCGCUGUCUUGUUGAUGAAUCUCGGAUUCGUCAUUCCGUUGGCAGCUCAGCCGGAUCAAUGUUAUAACAAAAUCACACCCCACAGCAUGAAGACGAACAAGGUCUGUGGCGCAUCGGGAUCCCUUCUCCUCCUGGGUGGGUGGGCGGGUGUCAUGUGGGCGUUUUUGCGAUCCGUCUCCCUCCACCUCCAGAUCUGCUGGCAAGUCCUUGUCGGCCGCAGCUUUAUGAUCUUUGCGCAGGCAGCAGGAUGGGGUGUACCAAUCCUGGGCAUCAUCCUAGCACUCGUCUUCAGCGGUCUCUCUUUCCGCUUCGGCGCAACGUGCCAUAUCAACCACGAGAACAGUUUGGCCGACUUCUGGAUCCCGCUGCUAUUAUUCGCCGGCCUGACCGUCAUCAUCACAUUCGCUACCUUUGGUUACUGCAUCAAGGUCUACUUGGCUUCUCUGUCCGACAGUGGAGCUUCCUCUGAGGGUUCCAGCCUGCCCACGUACACCAACAGCGUCAAGACCUUGAGUCCCCGCCAGGCCUACCGCCGAGUUCGUCGCGUCAUCUCUCUCCAAUGGCGAGGAAUUGCUAUUGUCCUCAUCAUUAUUGCCGACGUCAUCUUCUUCUCCGUCAUCUUUGUUUUCCAGGACAACGUCGUCCAGUCCGUCACCCACGACCCGAAGGUGGGCGAGGACUGGGUUCUCUGUCUUAUUGGUGCUUCAGGCCAAAAGGACAAGUGCCUCGACCAGGCACGCUCUCUGGUUGUCAAUGUGGCAACCGUCACUGCGGUUCUGCUCCUCCUUGCUCUGAACGGCAUUUGGCUCCUCUUCCUACUUGGACGAUGGUCCAUGGCUACAGGAUGGGCUGAGCUGAUAAUGGCGCCCUUCAAGCGAAACAAGAAGGAGUUCGUAUCAGUUGAUGCAAGAACCGAGGUUAAGAAAGAUACACGUUCGUACGAGAUGCUCUCGCGGGAUUCGAGCGCUGUGGUAACACCCCUUUCUUCAGUGAAAUCGCCCAAUGAUGGACGAAGAACGCCCGACUAUUUCGGCCGAACCGAGCGUUACCAUGCGCCAGUACGAUCAUUUUCGAGCCCAAGACCACCGCCGUCCUCCUCUUGGGACGCCGAAGAUACCUACGCCCUCUCGAACCACCCUUACAAAGAAGUGAACCCCCUGGGUAUGAACCGAACAUGAGGAAUUUUACAUCAUCCACGAGACGAAUGAAGAAAGAGGAGGCCAAAUCCUUGCAGGGAAAUACCCAAGGAAUAAUCGCAUAACGAAACCACCAUUUUUCGCAGCGCCGACAUGCCUCGCCACGCGGCGGGAUGCAGCUCUAACAGCGCGGGCGCGCGACACACGUAACGCGACACACGGCGGCUUACGCAAGACCGCCUACACAGGCCACGUCCCCACGAGAGGACGAAGCCGAAGCACUUGAUCUACUAUGUA